GGUCAUGCCUUCCAAUGAGAGCUCUUGGACUCUAAUAAACAGUGUUUGUGAGGCACAACCUACCAACUAGUUGAAAACCUCCACUGUCUCCAGAAACGUGGGAAAGUCUACUGGACUAAUAUCCAGGAACAUCUAUGGGAACAGCUCAUUUAUUACAGGACUGGGUAUCUCAGCAGCCCUUGGGAGAAAGUCUGUCAAUUGCUUCAGCGGACAUGGAUUUGAAUCAGCUGGAGGCUUUUCUCACCGCCCAAACCAAAAAACAGGGUGGCAUCACAUCCGAUCAAGCUGCAGUCAUUGCAAAAUUUUGGAAGAACCACCGAAUAAAGAUCCAUGAGAGCCUGAUCAAUCAAAGCCGUUGGGAUAAUGUCUUGAAAAACAUGAACUGGCGAGUGGAUCUGAAGUCACAGUCAAGACACAUCGAUCAGAUAAACACUCCUGUGGCAAUCGUUGAAAUGGAACUGGGAAAAAAUGGGCAGGCCCCUCUUGGCAGUGGCACCCGUAGCCCGGUGACCUCUGGGACCCAAGAUCAAGCAGCUGUGAGUGGGCUUGUUCGCAUGGGAUGUGGACCCUGCACUCGCGCCGGGCAUGUCUGAAACCCACGGAGGAAUCGGAGUUUCUCUGUCUGGAGUUUGAUGAGGCCAAGGUGAGCCAGAUGCUGAAGAAACUCUCGGAAAUAGAGGAGAGUAUGAC